GUGAAAAUAGUUUUUUUAUUAGUUCAAAAUAAUUCUUUCUCAUAGUUCUCCUACAACUCAGGCGUCGUCCCCUUGUGGAAAAGAAGAAUGAAAAUCAAUCCUAAUUUAGUUUAAAAUUUUCAAGAAAAAAGAAAUCUUCCUUCAAAACCUCAGAGUUAAUUUAAGGUGUUUGGUUCACGUGUUAGAAUUCUGCGAACGACAAAACACAUCGUCGAUCGACUAGGAAUAUUUGGAGAGGAGUUGAUACAGUCAUCAUGAAGCAGCUCGAAGAAGAAUUCGGAAUGGAUCGCGCGAUUGAGAUUGAAACAGACGACGAAGAUGACGAGGCUGAGAGGGUUUGCCAUGACAAUGAAGACGACAACGAAUCCGACAUCACCGGCCUAUCACGAGUCCCUUCCUAUGAUCUCAUGGAUCCUGAUCCUGCCCCCUCUUGGCCUCAAAGUUACAGGCAGUCAAUGGACAUGUACACGAGCGUGACACCAUCAGUCAGCUUCAUCAGAGGCAGCUCUUUCUUGGUUCAGGCAGACAAGCGAUCACAGGCCCCAGAUAUUGAAUCCCCUUUGACGAAGCCCUUUCUUUCUGCGACCAAUUCAGACAGAGAAAUAGUUCCUACCUCGAUUCCUCCUAUAAAGCUGUCUUCUGUCUCUGUGUUUGGGGCUUCCAUCAGUGAACUGCCUCCGCCCCUGCAGCAAUGCUCGUAUGCACAAUCACUUCUCAAUGCCACAAAUGCUUUGUGUGGGAUUGGGAUUCUUUCAACCCCUUAUGCACUCAAGGAGGGAGGAUGGUUUGGUCUCUUGCUUCUCUUUAUGUUUGGAAUCAUUGCCUGUUAUACUGGGAUCUUGUUGAAGAGAUGUUUAGAAAGCUCAUCUCAGCUGCAAACUUACCCGGAUAUAGGACAGGCUGCUUUCGGAUUAGGUGGUAGAAUAUGCAUUGCUGUAAUCCUCUAUAUAGAGCUCUAUUCUUCAUGUGUGGAAUUCUUGAUCAUGAUGAGUGAUAACUUGUCUGCUACCUUCCCAAAUGCUCAAGUGCAUAUUGCUGGAAUCCAUCUCGACUCGUAUCAAAUAUGUGCCAUUGUUGCAACCCUUGUGAUUCUCCCAACAGUCUGGCUCAGAAACCUCAGCUUGCUCUCAUAUGUUUCAAUUGGUGGAGUAGUGACUCUUGCCCUUGUGGUCCUCUGCUUGUUGUGGGUUGGUGUGGUUUCGGAUAUAGGAUUCAAUCCUAGCGGAAAGGCCUUGAACUUCACACACUUGCCUAUCACCAUUGGUAUAUACAGCUUCUGCUAUGGUGGCCAUUCCGUCUUCCCAAACAUCUAUUCCUCCAUGGAGAACCCCUCUCAAUUCCCUUCUGUUCUCGCGAUUAGCUUUGCGAUCUCUGGUUCGCUCUACGCUGGCGUCGCAGUUUUGGGAUAUCUCAUGUUUGGCGAAGCCACGAAUCCUCAGUUCACACUAAACCUUCCCACCAGAUUAAUUGCUUCCAAGAUUGCGGGAUGGGCUGUGGUGGUAGCCCCUCUAACAAAGUUCGGCUUGUCAAUGACACCGGUGGCACUGGCCCUGGAGGAGCUGCUGCCCGCGGAUCAGCUUGCUUCCAACACCGCGCCUAUACUAAUCAGAACGACUUUGGUAGUCUCCACCUUGAUCGUUGCAUUGACAGUCCCUUACUUCGGAUCCAUGAUGGCACUUAUAGGCUCCUUCCUUAUUAUGCUAAUGUCUCUAGUCUUACCUUGUGCUUGCUACAUGAGAAUACAGAGCGGGAGAUUAACUAAAUUUCAGAUUACAAUAUGCUCCACGGUAAUGGGCGUGGGAGUUUUAUGUGCAGUAAUCGGUACGUAUUCAGCAGUGGCAACUAUGGGUACAUAACAAUGCCAUUUCCGACAUUCGUGUACUUAUUACACUGUAAAGAAGAAAAAAGAAACAGAAAUAGUUUUUUUUUAACUUUUUUUUUUUUUAAUUUCUGGGUGGCCUACCCAAUUUCCUUGACAUAUUACCAUGUUCAAAGGUCGACCAGACGAAGGACAUACAUUGCUUGAGAAAAUGGAAAUGUCUACAGCGAAAUCUUUUUUCAAUUUUAAUAUCAACCCACAUUCAUUGAA